AAGGAGCGCUCUUCUCGGCAACAAACAGGACAGGUGCCCUGGUUGUCACUUCUAACACACAAAACAGACUAGAAGAUCGUUGCCUGGAUUAUCUAGAUUGGUAGAGAGAGAGAGAGAUAAUUCCUUUUUACAUCUGAAAUGCCAGACAGUGAGGAUCUGGGACAAGAUGAAAGCUGGAAAGUCAUCCAUUCCAGGCAAGACUACAGACCCAGAAUAAAUCAGUGCAUUUCAGAAACACUGAUGAAUUUAUUUGUAUUUCUUCAAGAAAUGUCCCACUUCAAGGAACAAAACCCUGGCAAGUUUUGCCUAUUAGUCUGCAGUGUAUGUACAUUUUUCACUGUCUUGGGAAGUUACAUUCCUGGAGUUGUCCUCUCCUAUGUCCUGCUAUUGUGUGCCUUUUUAUGUCCCUUCCUUAAGUGCAAUGAAUUUGGACAGAAAGUGUGCAACAAAAUUAAGACUGUUCUGAUGAAACUAGAUUUUGGAAUAGUGGAGUAUAUCAACCAGAAGAAAAAAGAGAGAUCUGAAACAGCAAAAACAAAAACCACAGAAGAUGACAGUGAAUUAGACAUAUCAGCCCUGUGUCCUAAGGUUAGUCCUGCAGUUGUUGCCAAAGAGCUGUCAGUGUCUGACACAGAUGUAUCAGAAGUAUCUUGGACCGAUAAUGGGACCUUUAACUUAUCCGAGGGGUAUUCUCCACAGACAGACACAUCUGAUGAUUUUGACCGACCUAGUGAUCAUGAAGAAGCUUUCGCUAGAGAUCUUUCAGAAUUUCCUUCUUUAGAAAAUGGUGCCGGAACAAAUGAUGACGAUGACUCAAGCAUCGGUAUGCCCAUCCAGCAAAAACGAAAAAAAGAACAAACAUAUUUGAAGGUGGAUCAUGCUUCCAGACAGAGUAAAGAGAGACCGUCCACUGCAGGGCUCUCCUUGCCUUUGACCAGUGACCAAACCUUUAAUUUAAUGAGUGGAAUUGCUGGGGAUGUCAUCGCAGCUGCGGUGUCUGCUGCCAUCAAAGACCAGUUGCAGUCCGCACAGCAAGCUCCCUCACGUGCAGUGCCCAGUUUGAGCGAGGAGACAGACACAGAGGAAGCUGAUGAUUUUGAACUGCUUGACCAGUCUGAGCUUGAGCAGAUUGAGAAAGAAUUGGGACUCUCUCAAGGCCAAGAAGCAGAAUCCCAGGAAAAGAAAAAAUCUUCAGGCUUCCUUUCAAAUCUGCUUGGAAGUCAUUAACCUGGAAAUUGCAGCUGGUAACAUA